AGCCGCCCCUUUGCUUAUCAAAAGAACAUAACAUAAUAUGAACUUCGUUCACUUUAGUGAAUAUGUUAAUUAGGCUCGUUCGCUCACGAGCGACCCAACACUAAUCGCUAAGCAUCCCAUCUCUAUUUAGUCUGCACGUGUUGCAUUGUUUUGAUUCACUUUUAAAUUAGUUAAAUUGCUCAAAAAUGUCGAAAUUUCUAUCAUAUUAUAACCUAUUUCCCAUACCGGACCCAAAGGAGUUCCUGGGCAUGGCUGCGGAUAAGAAGGAUGGCAAUGUAAUAACCACAUUGGCUCGCAAUGUGGUUGUUGUACUGAACAUCAGCACACAUAAGCAAGUAUACAGCUGGUCCAUGCCGGAGAAGCUGUCCACGAAGGUCAUAUUCGAUCAAAAUAGCCAAAAGUAUGUUGCCGUGUUUGGUAACCACGCUAUACGACUUUGGGACACCGACACUUCGGAUGUCGCCAAGUGCAAGAAGUUGAAGUUUCAGAAAAGCAUUGCACAUAUGGUGCACACAGACAAGGAGGCGAUCGUAUUGUAUAGCGAUGGUACCUCGGAAACGCUCUCGCAAGCAUUGGAAUCGCGCAAGGAUCAGAAAGAAGACACUGCAGAGCAGCUUGCAUUGGCGGCUAGCAAAACUAUGAGCAAGCCCACAGUGCAUAAGCUAGCGAAUGGCCAAGAACUGCUCACUUACUUCGAAGAACGACAUGCGACAGGCGAAUUGCAGCUUAUACGUCAUCCACUCGACAAUUCAAAAAUACGCUCAUAUGCCAUAAAAAGGGAGGCAGUGCGUCUUGCUGGCUAUGCUGUUAUCGAAGGCGAUGCCGCACCGCAACUGUUGACCAUUUGGUCUGAUAAGCGCAUAUUCAUGUUGAAUCUUGCUGAGCGUACGCAUGAAUUGGCGCCUGGCCAAUUUGUUUCUAUGCUGGCAGAGCUGAAUGUGGAAAGCAAACUGUCCGUGCACGGCUUGUCGCGCAACUUUGCCGCUAUUUAUGGUGCCAACUAUGGCCAGGAGGGCGCCUCAUUGUUGGUGUACAACACACUCUUUAAGGUGGUCAAUGCCAAACAAUACUUCAAGGUGUACUUGGACUUUUCGCGCCUGUGGGCGCGCGACGAUCACAUUCUGUUGGCAAUGGGACAAAACAUUGCCGCGGUGCGCUAUUGCACGAAUGAUGAGCUGCUGGUGGAUAUGUUGGGCUCACAAGUGCACAAUACGCAACUGACGCCGAUUGAGUUGGAUCACAUAAACGAGGAGGAGGCACUGGAAGCGGUGCUUAAGUAUGGUGGCUCCAGAACAGAGCAUAAACCGAUGACUAAAGGCAAGCUGGCGAAUAAACCAGUAAAAAAUUUGCCGCCUGCCAACGGAAAGACAGUGGCCUUUGAUUCACCGGAAAUAUCGCAACAGGAGCUUGACGAGCUGGUCAAGACGCAUGUGAGCGGCGAAAUAUUGCAUGUUGACAAUGGACUGGAAGAUGUGCAAAUAACGCUCAUGGGCAACUAUUUUGACGAGGGGCCACAAAACUUAGCAGUGCAAUCUGUCAUGAGACAACUUGAGCGUAGUGGUGCUGGCGAACAGGAGAUUACAGAGAAACUUUUGACGCUGUUUAUUAAAACGAAAGACUCGCAGCAUGUGCUCAUGUGUCUCCGUCGUUACACAAACAUUUCGGAGCACAUGCUGGCUUGGUGUCUACGCUUUGCAUUGGACACCAGCACAACUGCACUUACGAAUGGAGAUGCCAAAGAUAAAGAUAGAGCUACGCCCGAAACAGAUGAGCUGCUCAAUGCUGUGCUAGCCUGCACCUUUAACUCGGAGGCAAUUGAAAAGCAUCUGAAGAAGCAAUUAGAACUCCCCCAUGUGCUGCGCUUGUUGAAGCACUUGUAUGUGGUGGCCACGGUGCCCGACGUGCUGCUGGAAGAACGGCCUGAUCAUAAUAACGUAACAUUUGGCAACACAUGCACCGAGCUGCAGGCAAUGCAAUGGCUAAGCGCAUUGCUAACGUCACACAUUACGCUGUUGACUAUUUGCAAGGAUAAGGAGCUCCAGACAAUACUAAAGAAGUGGUCAGAACAUUUUAAAUUAUAUGCAGAACUUUUGAAACCUUUGGCCAUGGUAGUGCCGCUGCUGACGAACAUAAUAACGCGCCACCAGCCAAAGCGUCCUUAUUCCACCAUGUGGUACAACAUUGAAAAGGUGAAGCUGUACUAAAUGUAGUUACAAUAGUUUAGUUUGCCUGCCACUAAAUUUGUUGUUAUUUUUAAGCUUAAUAAAUGUAGUUUAAUAUUGCAAA